GUGUGUGUCAGAUGUCUAAACCAGGAUGGCCGGCCUGGUGGAGGAUAAUCGCUCUCUCUUCGACCAUAUUCGCAGUGGAGUUCGCCUACGCUGUGGAGGCUGGCUAUGGCACUCCUAUCCUCUUGAAGACGGGACUGCAGGAACGCUAUGCUACACUGAUGUGGUCUGUGAGCCCUCUCCUGGGGAUAGUGUUCCAGGGCUACCUGGGCUCUGCUAGUGAUAAAUGCACCUGCUCCUGGGGCAGGAGAAGGCCGUUCAUUUUGUUGCUAGGGAUUGUGACUGUAGUGGGACUAGCUAUGUUCCCCUAUGGUGUGGAUAUAGGGAGUAACUCUAUACUUGUCAUGUACACUUUGAUCGUGUUUGUAAUUAUGGAUUUCUGUCUAGACGCGAUACAGAGCCCGUGUCGAACGUAUUUGCUUGAUUCUCUCUCGAAAGAACGAACGAAAAGAGGUAAUUUGAUGUACACAAUUGUAAUGGAUGUUGGUGCUACACUAGGCGGUGUGUUUUCAGCCAUUCCUUGGAAGAGAUUCGGUGGAGAAUUGGGCGAUAGUUUCGAGACCCAAUCAAAGAUCGUGUUUGGUGUUACCGCUGUUUUGUUUCUUGUGAGUCUCUUGUUUACAGUUCUAAGUGUAAACGAGAAGGAGACACGGGCGCUAAGAGAAGGCAAUGAUACACAACUAGAGACUGUUAUCAGUAGUUGUCAGUGCUGCUCAAGUAUUGAUAAGUUGAAGGAGUGUUGUUCGAAUAUUGGAGAAGCUGCUUCAUUUGUUAAAAACAUGUCUUUUCCAUUUUUCGUUCUCUGGAUGUUCACUUUUUUGGGCUAUUUCUCUGCAAGUACAUUCUACCUCUUCUUCACUGAGUAUGUUGGGAGUGUUAUUUAUGGAGGAGUCGCUAAUUCAGAUGAUACGAAUUUGCGGAAUUUAUACGAUGAGGGAGUGUUGGUCGGAUGUGCUUGUCUGACAGUGUGUAGUGGGUCUUCCUUCGUUUUCUCAAUUGCUGUUGAUUUGUUGUUGGACAGAUACAAGAUCACUUUGAAAGCUUUAUCUUUGUUUACAUUUCUCCUUCACCUUGUUGUGAUUAUGGUUGCAUUGUUCCUACCAAACCUCUACACUGCAGUGAUGGUGUCCGUCACCACUGGCCUGCUCUACACUGGCAUGAGCUGUGUGUCCUUCACCCUGGCCUCUGACUUCGAGAGAAGUGGGCGAAUUUUGCGGUCACAAAGCAAAUCCUCUGCUAGCAAAGUUGGAAUGACAGUGUCCUUCCUGUUCAUAGCUAUCUUCCUAGCUCAGUUUGUGCUCGGUCUGUCUCUUGGCAAUCUGAUUCAGUUGUUUGGUACGUCCAAAGUUAUCAUCUUUGUCUUAUUUACAGUUCAACUCAUAGGUUCUAUUUUUCUGGUUUUUAACAUUAGCAAUUUCUCAGAAUCAUGA